AAACAAACAAAAAAUAAAAAUGGAAUGGCCCUGAAGAAAAUAUAGGAUUUCUUUUUUUAUAUAAAUAAUCAAUCGAAUACAAAAUCUAGAAAUAAACUCUAACAUGCAUUGUAUUCACAUAAACAUUCGACAGGCAACAUUCGUAUUACUCACUUUCUUGGCGAACAACAUCCAAACGGCGGAUAAUAACGCAAUAAAAUCCUUCGGAGGCGAUGUGAAGAAAACUACAAACGUAUCCGACGAAAUUAGAGACGUCAACGUGCAAGGUGAUUCUCUACUCAAAUGUCCACUCAACGUGGAAUGCAAAGAUCUUCCAGUGCAAUGCCUCGAAUGCGAUUUAAAUGAAACUUGCGUUUACGGACGAGAAAUUACUACUACCUGUCGGACAAAAGCUCAAGUAAAAUGUCAGGGUAGGGAUUUUCAAAAAAAAUACUUGUGUAGGUAUUGUUACCAAACAGAACACUGGGAACACAGAUGCGAUUUAAAAGCUACUUGUGAAUCUGCUGCUUCGCCCAGGGAUGUUUACAUUACGAAUUGUACUGUGCACAAUGAUAUAUUGUGUUUAGGACAUAGAACAUUUAAUAAAAAAAUUAAAUGCAACUGGACGGGUGGCUAUAAAUGGUUAACCGCCCUUCUAUUGAGUAUCACGUUGGGUGGUUUCGGGGCCGAUAGGUUCUAUUUGGGCCAUUGGCAGGAAGGCAUAGGAAAAUUGUUUAGUUUCGGCGGCCUAGGCGUUUGGACCAUCAUAGAUGUGAUACUGAUUUCUUUGCAUUAUUUAGGACCAGCCGAUGGGUCCCUUUACUUAUAAAUGCUUUUCGUUCAAGUCUGAUUAGUUUUUAGGGAUUUAUUGAUACACCUUUGUACAUAUUGAAUUUAAGUUAAAUAAAUUAUUUAUUUAUUAAUAAUUACAAUAAUACUAGAGUAGUUAUUUUUUUCUCACACACACAUAAAGAUGAUUAAAAAAUAAUUUGUAUUGAACAGUAUUACGCUUUAAACAUUCUGACUAAUAAUGAAACAGUCCAGGUACUUUGUAUUUGAAACAUUUCCUCAAGCAGGAGUACCAAAAUACACAUAAUAUAAUUAUUACAGUCUUAAAAAAGUGAUAUCACUAUUGCUGUCUUGGAACCUAUGAAGUUACAUGGUCGGAUAAAUUAACCAACUUACAGUUUCUGAUAAAGCAAUAAUAGCGGUAUCACUUUUUCAAAACGCCUUGUAUCUACAGAUACACUAUUAUACAGUGUGUAUCAGCCAAAUGGAAUAAAUUGGGGCGUUUGGAAAAACGCACGGACCCGUCAAUUUUGUUUUUUCGCUAAACACUUUUUACACUAAGGUUUGUUCAUAGAGGGUGUUCCAGGUAUUCCCUUUAUUGUUUUGAAUAACACGUCCCAAUGUCCUAUACCUAUCUUCAACCUAAAAGGUUAAUCUAACAGUAAAACCAAUUUUACAUUCUCAUCUUAGUGUUUCAUAAGUUUAGGUUGAGUUGCUAUUAGUGAUUUAUUAGGUCUGUUUCUGCAGAAAUCACAAACCAGUGAAUUUCAUUGGUUGAAACUAAUUUUCUGACUCUUUUAAACCAAUGAAAGUCGCUCUGACUGGUUUGUGAUUUCUGCAGAAACAGACCUAUUAUUAAUGCACCCUCUUAAUCCAUGAUUGAAAAUUCUGGUUAAAUUUAGUCUCUGAGUGUUUUUUCGAACAGGUCGCCAUUUAUUUAUUUCGAUUUUAUUCCAUUUGGCUGAUACACAAGUAUAAUAUGACAAACCCAGGAUAUGUUUUUGGACCAUAGCCAAAGCCUUUAGGGUCGAAUUUAUAGUCGGUCCUUGGAUAUCAUGGGUUUGGAUCGAGGUUUAGAUUAGGAACUCAUUAUACUAAAAUUUUAAACUUUUCCAUUAAAAAAUACCGACAUGGAAAAUCAAUGAUAAUCAACUUGCAAAAUCUAAAUUAAGCAAAAAUCUCUGCAAAAAUGCACCCUCUUACAUUUAAUUUUUUUUCUGGAAAACUAUCCAAGGGAAAAUUAUGAAAUUUUUAGGAGAGAAAGAGGAGAGUUAUGAGCUCAUUAUACUAAAAUUUCAAAUUUUUCCAGUGAAAAAUAACAUGGGAAAUCAAUAAAAAUCAACUUGCAAAAUCUAAAUUUUAAGCAAAAAUGCAUUCUCUUGCAAUUUAUUUUUUUUCUCGAAAACUACCCAAGAGAAAAUUAUGAAAUUUUUAGGAAAGAAAUAGGAGAUUUUGGAGCUCAUCAUACUGAAAUUUCAAAGUUUUCCAGUGAAAAAUAACGACAUGGGAAAUCAAUAAAAGUCAACUUGCAAAAUCUAAAUUAAGCAAAAAUCUCGGCAAAAAUCCACCCUCUUACAUUUAAUUUUUUUUCUGGAAAACUAUCCAAAGGAAAAUGAUGAAAUUUUUAGGAGAGAAAGAGGAGAGUUAUUAUACUAAAAUUUCAAAUUUUUCCAUAACGACAUGGGAAAUAAAUGAAAAUCAACUUGCAAAAUCUAAAUUUUAAGCAAAAAUGCAUUCUCUUGCAAUUUAUUUUUUUUCUCGAAAACUACCCAAGAGAAAAUUAUGAAAUUUUUAGGACAGAAAUAGGAGAUUUUGGAGCUCAUCAUACUGAAAUUUCAAACUUUUCCAGUGAAAAAUAACGACAUGGGAAAUCAAUGAAAAUCAACUUGCAAAAACUAAAUUAAACAAAAAUGCACCCUCUUACAUUUAAUUUUUUUUCUGGAAAACUAUCCAACAAAAAAAUAUGAAAUUUUUAGGAGCGAAAGAGGAGAGUUAGGAGCUCAUUAUACGAGCAUUACGGGAGUCAUUAUACUAAAAUUUCAAACUUUUCCAGUGAAAAAUAACGAAAUGGGAAAUCAAUGAAAAUCAACUUGCAAAAUCUAAAUUAAGCAAAAAUGCACCCUCUUACAUUUAAUUUUUUUCUGGAAAACUAUCCAACGGAAAAUUAUUAAAUUUUUAGGAGCGAAAGAGGAGAGUUAGGAGCUCAUUAUACUAAAAUUUCAAACUUUCCCAGUGAAAAAUAACGACAUGGGAAAUCAAUGAAAAUCAACUUGCAAAAUCGAAAUUAAGCAAAAAUGCAACCUCUUACAUUUAAUUUUUCUUCUGGAAAACUAUACAAGGGAAAAUUAUGAAAUCUUUAGAAGAGAAACAGAAGAUUUAGGAGCUCAUCAUCCUAAAAUUUCAAACUUUUCCAUCAAAAAAUAGCGACAUGGGAAAUCAAUGAAAAUCAACUUGCAAAAUCUAAAUUAAGCCAACAUGCACCCUUACAUUUAAUUUUUUUUCUGGAAAACUAUCCGACGGAAAAUUAUGAAAUUUUUAGGAGAGAAAGAAGAGUUAGGAGUUCAUUAUACUAAAAUUUCAAACUUUCCCAGUGAAAAAUAACGACAUGGGAAAUCAAUGAAAAUCAACUUGCAAAAUCCAAAUUAGGAAAUUAAUUUUCUCACAUUUUAUUUUUUUUUUCUGGAAAACUAUCAAAGGAAAAUUAAGGAGAAAGAGGAUUUAUAUAUUAGGUUUAGAAUGGACACUUGCUACAAUUUGACAAGUUAGUCAUGUCAAUUCUAAACGUUCAAGGCCUCCUUAAAGUCUGAGGAAACCUCAACAAGGAACAACUAUAAAUUUGGCCCUAAGACAGAGAUUAUAAUAUAAGAUCCUACAGCGUCACUUGUAUUUAUUUACACAAAUAGUGUUCAAGCAAACUUUUCAAAAUUUCAACAUUUUAUAACUUCAUAACAAGACCACCCUCGAAAAAAAUGAUAUCAUUACUUUAAGAAUCCACUCUGUACUUAAUGUUCACCAUAGUAUAUAGAUUAGAGGGAUGGCACUCUGAAAAAAUCCUUAUCUUAGUUUACAAUUUAAUUUAAAAAGUAUUUUUGAGCAAUAACUGGAAUGGCCUAUCCUAUCUGAUGAGGUGUAGAAAGCCUCAAAAUCACAAUUGAAUUUUUUCUCAAGUCGAAUGAUAUCAAUAUUCCAGUCUUUUGGUUAAAUAAUUUCUACACAAUGGUAAUUUUGUUCUAAAUUUAAGGUGGACAAUUGUCAAAAAUAACAAGAGAUCUAUUUAUACAGAAUUUAAAUUUAGAGCAAGUAUUUUAGAUGUUUUGGCCAAGAUUUGUGUUGCACCUCGAUUUUAGCAGGUUUUGCAAAAAAAUUUAUAAAAAAAUACACACAAUAAAUAAUUCGGUUGCUAGGAACUAAAAUUAGAAAACAAUAAUUUUAUAUUAGAUAAAGAAUAAUCUGAAUUUACUGUUUUCAUAAAUAAAUAAAUAACAAUAUUGGAUUUUUUAAAUUAAACUAAUUACCUACUUAACACACUAAAGAAAUUUCGUCUUCUAAAACUUGGUGCAGUUCUGUAUCGGAGCAAUCUGCUAUAUCCG